AUGGACCGCAAGGCUGAGGAGAAGAGAAAGCAGCGCCACGGCUUGGCUUUACUGGAGCAGGUGAGGAGCAUGAAGGAAUGCACCCAGAUCAUCGACGUGGUGCUGGUUGCAGAGGGCCAGAAGUUCCCGUGCCAUAAGGUGGUGCUGGCCGCCUUCAGUGCCUAUUUCAGGGCCAUGUUCACGUGCGGCCUGGCAGAGUGCACGCAGAGGGAGGUGGUGCUGCACGAUGUCUCAGCUGAGAGCGUGUCGGUGAUCCUGCACUACGUGUACAGCGCCGAGCUGCGCCUCACCGGCCUCAACGUGCAGACUGUCGCCCUCGCCGCCUACUUCAUGCAGAUGGAAGAGGUCUGCAACAUGUGUCAGAAGUACAUGAUGGACCACAUGGACGCUUCCAACUGCGUGGGCAUCUAUUACUUUGCAAACCACAUCGGGGCGGAUGAUUUAUGUGACCAAGCGAGGAAAUACACGUAUCAGCAUUUUGCUGAGGUGAGCUUGCAGGAAGAAAUACUAGAGAUUGAAUUCCAGCAGCUGCUGACCCUCAUCAAAUCAGAUGAUCUGAAUAUUUCCAGGGAGGAGAGCAUUCUGGACCUCGUCAUUAGAUGGGUCAAGCACAGCAGAGAGUCCCGUUCACAGCACCUUGUUGAGCUCCUCAAGCAAGUGAGACUGGUGCUCGUCAGCCCCUCUUUUCUUGUGGAAGCCCGGAAGAGGAACACAAUGAUUCUGUGCAACUCAGAAUGCAAUGAUAUGUUCGAGGAAGCACUGAAAACCAUCCAGCUGUCCAGGCACCCUUCCCUCAGCCUGAGAUAUGGCAUGGAGACCACAGAUCUCCUGCUCUGCAUCGGCAACAACUCCCUCGGCAUCAGGUCCAGGCACGGCAGCUAUGCAGACGCCAGCUUUUGUUAUGCUCCUGUGACAGGAAAGACCUACUUCAUUUCCUCCCCAAAGUAUGGAGAGGGCUUGGGAUGUGUUUGCACUGGAGUUGUCACUGAGAAAAAUGAAAUCAUUGUAGCAGGCGAGGCAAGCGCCGUCAAAAUGUCUAGACAAAGGACGAGGAACAUUGAAAUUUAUAGAUACCACCAGCGAGGAAACCACUUUUGGCACAGCCUGUGCAGCACUCAGCUCCGUGAGCUCUACGCGCUGGGCACUGCCCACAACGACCUCUAUGUGAUAGGAGGCCAAAUGAAAGUGAAAAAUCAGUAUCUGGUCACAAACUGUGUGGAGAAGUACUCCAUGGAGCAAGGCACCUGGAGGAGCACAGCGCCCCUGCCAGUGCCACUGGCCUGCCACGUGGUGGUGACAGUGAAGGACAAGCUGUACGUGCUGGGUGGAUGGACACCACAGAUGGAUCUGCCUGAUGAGGAGCCGGAUCGAUUGAGUAACAGAACGUUCCGCUACGACCCGGGCCAAGACAAAUGGGUGGAGAGAGCCCCAAUGAAGUUCUCCAAGUACCGCUUCAGCACUGCCGUGGUCAAUGGGGAGAUUUAUGUCUUGGGAGGAAUUGGGUGCCUUGGUUAUGACAGAGGACAGACACGGAAAUGCCUUGAUGCAGUGGAGAUUUACAACCCUGAUGGAGACUUUUGGAGGGAUGGAGCCCCUCUGCCUUCUCCCCUCCUCUCCUUACGAACCAACUCCACCAGUGCAGGCUGCGUGGAAGGGAAGCUGUACCUCUGUGGAGGAUUUCAUGGAGCAGCUCGUCAUGAAGUGAUCUCCAAGGAGAUCCUGGAGCUGGACACGUGGGAGAACCAGUGGAACGUGGUGGCCACCAACGUCCUCAUGCACGACAGCUACGACGUGUGCCUCGUGGCCCGGCUGAACCCACGGGACCUCAUCCCUCCUCCUCCAGAUUUAGUGGACCAAUAG